GUUAUCAAAGCUGCCCCUAAAGGACGUUUUCAAGGGAUUACAAGAGACUAUCAGGUCGAAGAUGUGCUUAAACUACGCGGAUCAGUUGAAAUUGAAUACACUUUGGCUACGAGAGGAGCUAAUAAGUUAUGGCAACUCCUUCACACCGAACCUUUCGUGCCUGCGUUAGGUGCUCAAACUGGAAAUCAAGCGGUACAAAUGGUCAGAGCUGGAUUAAAAGCUAUCUACCUAUCGGGCUGGCAAGUGGCAGCUGAUGCAAACACGGCUGGUGAUAUGUACCCGGAUCAAUCGUUGUACCCAGCCAAUUCGGGUCCGGAACUUUGUCGAAGAAUCAAUAGAUCACUGAGAAGAGCUGACCAGAUCGAAGCCGUAGAAGCAGAAGAUUAUUUAGCUCAAAGAGAUUGGUAUGCUCCUAUUGUUGCUGAUGCUGAAGCAGGAUUCGGUGGAGCCCUUAAUUGUUUCGAGCUGAUGAAGGCCUAUAUUGAAGCUGGAGCAGCUGGAGUUCAUUUUGAAGAUCAGCUAGGAUCUGAGAAGAAAUGCGGCCAUAUGGGAGGAAAACAAGAACUGAUGCAGAAUCCAGUAGGCUGCUUACUAGGUAGUGAUGUUGAUGAACGUGAUCAUCCUUUCAUUGACAGAGAUGCUGGACGAACAGUAGAAGGAUUCUAUAGACUAAAGGACUCCACAGCACUGCAGUACUGUAUAGAACGUGCGAUCAACUAUGCUCCCUACUGCGAUCUCAUCUGGAUGGAGACCAGUCAUCCAACGAUUGCCGAUGCAAAAGAGUUUGCCGAAGGUGUCCAUAAGGAGCUUGGUGCGCUAGGAUUCAAGUACCAAUUCAUUACCUUAGCUGGAUUCCACGCUAACAGCUACAGUAUGUUCGAUUUGGCGAGAAACUACAAGGAAAAAGGAAUGUUCGCUUACUCAGCGCUACAGGAAUUGGAGUUUGAAGCUGAGAAGCACGGUUACUCAGCUGUAAAACAUCAGCGUGAAGUUGGUACCGGUUACUUCGAUCACGUCUCAAAUGCUGUCACGGGUGGAAAAUCCAGCACUACAGCGCUGACCGGAUCCACUGAAGAAGCACAGUUCCAUACUAUUACGGCUAGCAGUGAAGAUGAAGAGAUCAUGACUCUAACCGCACCUACCUUACCUGGAGAUGAGAAGAUUCUCACACCGGAUGCCCUCCGCUUCAUCAAGGACCUUAACAAGAAGUUCGAUGCAAAGCGUUUGAAUUUGCUCAAGAAGCGAACAGUAGUGCAAAAAGACAUCAAUGAAGGCGCAUGGUUCCCCGACUUCUCUAAAGAUACUGCCGAAAUUCGAGAGGACAAAGGUUGGAAGGGUGCUCAGAUUCCACCGGAUCUUAUGAAUCGCCGAGUUGAGAUCACCGGACCUACAGAUAGAAAAAUGAUUAUCAAUGCUAUGAAUUCUGGUGCUAACGUGUUUAUGGCUGACUUCGAGGAUUCUAACACUCCUUCUUGGAGGAAUCAACUGGAAGGUCAAAUUAAUCUAUAUGAUGCUGUUCGAAAUAACAUCUCCUAUGUGCAUCCAACAACAAAGAAGGAGUACACAUUGAACAAAAAGACUUCAGUUCUAAAUGUUCGACCUCGUGGUUGGCAUUUAUUGGAGAAGCAUGUGCUCAUUCACAACACGCCAACGUCAGGAUCACUUUUUGACUUUGGAUUAUAUGUCUAUCACAAUGCCAAAGCUCUUCUUGAUAAGGGUAGUGGGCCUUACUUCUAUCUACCUAAACUCCAAAAUGCUGAAGAGGCUAAGCUUUGGGCAGAGGUGUUCCAAUACACCGAGGAAAGACUAGGAAUACCUAAAGGUUCUAUCAAAUGCACUGUUCUUAUUGAACAUCUCUUGGCAAGCUUCCAGAUGAAUGAAAUCAUCUAUGCAUUGAAAGACUACAUUGUCGGGUUGAACUGUGGACGUUGGGAUUACAUCUUCUCCUACAUCAAAACGUUCCAGAAUCAUAGAAAAUUCUUAUUGCCAGAUCGAUUCCAAAUCGGGAUGACUGCGCCAUUCAUGAGAGCCUACUCUCUUCUCUGCAUUAAGACCUGCCAUCAACGAGGAAUCCAUGCAAUGGGUGGAAUGGCCGCACAAAUUCCAAUUAAGAACGAUGAGGUGAGAAUAUAG